UAACGCGCUAACGAAGUCAGCAUCGACCAUGUCCAAGCCGAGGUUGGAUGGCAAGGUGGCCAUCGUCACCGGCGGCGCGAGUGGCAUCGGCGAGGCGGCGGCGCGGCUGUUCGCGUCGAGCGGCGCCACGGUGGUGAUCGCGGACAUCCAGGACGCGCUGGGCGAGGCGGUGGCCGCGUCGGCCGGGUGCACGUACAUGCGGUGCGACGUGACGGACGAGGCGCAGGUGGAGGCGACGGUGGGCGCCGUGGUGGCGGCGCACGGGCGGCUGGACGUCAUGCUCAGCAACGCCGGCGUGCUGCUCCCGACGGGGUCCGUGAUGGACAUGGACCUGGCGGAGCUGGAGCGCGUGAUGGCCGUCAACUUCCGCGGCGCCGCGGCGUGCGUGAAGCACGCGGCGCGCGCCAUGGUGCCGCCGAACGGCGCCCGCGGCGGCGCCAUCGUGUGCACGGCGAGCGUGGCGUCGCUCCAGGGCGGGUUCGGGCCGGCGUCGUACACGGCGUCCAAGCACGCGCUGCUGGGCCUGGUGCGCGCCGCGGCGGGGGAACUCGGGCGCCACGGCGUGCGCGUAAACUGCGUGUCCCCCAGCGGCGUGGCCACGCCCAUGAGCUGCGCGCUCAUGGGCGUCGGACCGGAGGAGCUGGAGGCCAUGACGGUGCCACACAACGUGCUGCGCGGGAAGGUGCUGCGGGCGGAGGACGUGGCGGAGGCGGCAUUGUUCCUGGCGUCCGACCAGGCGGGGUUCAUCAGCGGCCACAACCUCGUCGUCGACGGCGCCACCACCGCCGUCAACCCCGCCGUGCUGCACACCGUCGGACUGUGAAUGCCGGCCGUACCCUGUCUUGUUUGCCAUUGAUCUGGUCCUGUUUUCUUUGUUCAUACAUACACCUCUGCACAAUGCCACAAUCUUAUGAAUGAAACAGUAAUGCACACCAUUGUAGAACACUAGAGCUCUGUAAAAAAGCUGUGCCAUUUGUUGUCUUGACGUGUUGUGGAAGAAUCAAAGCAAACAGAUCGACCUACCCUGCCGCUGGCCGGCGGCGCAACAA